GCGCGCGGAAACGAUGGCAUCGCAGAAUCAGGGCGCCGUCAACGUCACCUCGCCCGGUAUCACGUCGGCGACGACAGCGACGACGACGACGACGACGACGAUGACGAUGACGGCGAACGGGCCGCCGUCGACGUCGGCGCCGUCGCCGGGCUCCACCGUCCUGGCCAGCGCGGCCACCAUCUCGGCCGCGAAGGCGCAGACCCUCGCCCCCGGCGCUCAGCCGUCGCAGUCCCAGCAGCAGCAGUUACAGCCGGCCAACAACAUCGAACCGUUGGACAAGAGUUCCUCCAAUACUCUGAAGCGUAAUCCAAAGAUGGAGCUGAACAAAACUGAUUUGCUGAAGUUACUGGGAUACCUGGAAGGCGAGCUCCAAGCGAGAGACAUAGUGAUAGCGGCAUUAAAAUCAGAAAAGAUGAAACACCUUCUAAGUUCCCGGUAUCUUAGUAGCACCGCAGAUCCACACGCGGCAUUAGCUCGCGACAUUGCGAUAGUAGGUGGUGUCAUUGGCAUAGAAGGAAAUCAAAUCGAUCAACAAGUCGCUAGUCUUGAGGCACUGGUGACGCAGCAGAGAAAGGCGCAAUGUAGGAUGACUAAAGUUCUUAGAGACGCAGAAAUUAGGCACAGAUCGGUAAUUAAAGAGUUGGAGGAGGAGAAGCGGAAACACGAGCACGACACCGCUCAAGGUGACGAUAUCACCUACGGUCUUGAGAAAGAGCGGACGAGAUUAAAGAAGGAGCUGGAAUUGGAGAAACAGGAGAAGAAGAGAUUGGAGAUGGAAUUAAAGAAGAUCAACGACCAUCUCGAGGAAGAGAAGAACCGACAGAAGCAGAUAGUACUUCUCCUUUUAGCGGAGCGUAAAAAGAUUAUUAUGAAGUACAUCGAGGAGAGGAAACGAUCCGAGGAUUUGGCUCAGAUACUCAGCGAGGAGAAGGUGAGGAUAGAUUCGAUGGCCGAGGGCCUCGAGGAGGAGAGCAAAAAGUCACUGCAGAUGGAAGCGGAAUUGGAGAAGCAAUUGGCGCAGUUCGACAUGGAGAGGCAGCAGUAUCGGCAGGCCCUCGUGAAGGAGGAGAAGAGAGCGAAGGAUUUCGAAACGGAAUUGGAAAAGUUACGAGCCGAGAUGGACACGUGGAAGGAGUCGCAGGCACGCGGCCCUGCGAGGGGAGUUGGCGCAACUCCACCACCACCGCCCGCAAAACCAGCGAACUUGGUCGCCAUGCCGACGCUCAGGCCGGCUAGUGCUCCACAAGCAAUGAAAGGAGCAGUCUUGGGUACAGGGACACCUAUGGUUAGCAGUAAAGUUGUUCAACCUACUGCGACAGUAUCCAGUGUUCCUGUCAGUGGACCAACGACUGGGAUUGCUAGGUCUGUAACACCUGGACAGGCACUUCGCGGAGUCGCAUAUACGCCUAAUUUAACAUCUGUGGGUGGAGAGGCUACAGCUCCUCCAGAUACGCAGGCCGUAGACAAGCGACCGGUUGUACCUGCGCCCGUUAGUACCGCGGCCGCCGCCGCGGCUAAGCUUAUCACGUCGUCGCAAGCCGCCGUCGCCGCUGCGGGGAAGCUCGGCUUUCACGUCGGCCAGUCUUCAAGUCCUGCCGCCAGCAGCCCCUCUGCUCAAGCAACCGCUGCCGCCGCCGCCGCCGCCGCCGCCGGUGGUGGUGGUGGUGGUGGCGGCGGCGGCGGUGGUAUCCUGCCCGCGAAAAAGCCCCCGGUCUCGCGCGGCGUGCCGCCCCCGGUACCACCGAAUAAGCCCGUGGUACCGCCGAAAAAGGAGGCGGCCGCGUACCUCCGGCGACCGGAACUGCAGUCGCAAAGCGCAGCACCGCAGCAGCAGGAUACCGUUAAGUACGGUAAACAGGCGGCCCCGUCGCCUCACGGGGGUGCGUCGAGCACAGCGGCGAGCGGAGCCGCUCCUCCCAUGCAGGCGCAGCAGCAGCCGCUUCCGGCGGGCACCACCCAGGCUGCCGCCGACGAAGAGGUCAGUAGUACGACGGCGGAGUCGAGAUAGAUGUUAGCGGAAUGACAUUCGCUAUAUUCUCUUCUAAUAGGAUUUAAAAAGAAAUGCACCCGCUAAAGAGCUGCACUCUCCAAACAGAUGCAUAAUAGUAAAUGCAUUAGAUAAAUGUAAAUACACAUAUACAGACACACACACACACACGCUCACACACGCAAUAUAUGCAAUAUGUGUUCAAUAUACAGAGCAUCGUGUGAAUGUGAUUUCAGACAAAGCCGCGUUGAUUUAGCGCUGAAAGAGAGAGAGAAAUAAAAGCGUGCAUACACUGCGAUACGUAAUAGAGAAAAGAAAAAAAAAGAGAGAUGCUACACUCGUCGCGAAGCUUGGGAAUCGAUCUGCUGGGAUCCGCACGGUGCAAGAGAUUCCGUAUUUGCAGGAGCCGACAUUUCUAAGGUUUGCCCAGGGGGGAGGGGGAGAGAAACGAAAAGAGGGGCGCUUUGUACAUUCGAUAGAUCUUCGACGCGGAGACCCGUUUCUGUAAGGACGAGCGGUGUUUUACUUUACGAGAUGUCACGCCGCGACACACGGCGGCGUGGUCCGAUGGAAAAGGAUUCAGAAUUCUAUUCGCAAACCGGAAGUGGCAUUCGUAGUUUGUAAACCGAAGCAAGCCGAAACGAAAAAAACUAGAGAUAUCUCUCAGACAUGUAAGAUAGCCCGCUGUAGCGUUCCUAGCUCGUUUCUGUACGGACAUUGAUUAUCUCAUUGACGAACGCACGAGUCACUUUAGGCAAACAUAUAUAAUACAUAUAACGACCCGGAGAUCGUUAAUGUCUGCGAAAAACUUGAGAGAGCUCGGCGCGUCGAUAUAAUACAUUAACUCUGGUUAAACUUUCGUUUCCUACUCUCGAGGAACGAUGACGCAAAACGAGUUGAAUCCACCUCUUGGCAAAUCUCAUUGGCUAUGUAAAAGAAAUUUUUUUGGUACACAUAUUUUUAUAUAUUUAUAAAUUUUUAUAUAUAUAUUCCGCAAUCUCUCACUCUCUCUCUCUCUAGAUAUUUUUUCCUCUACCUUUCGCCAGUAAUAUGUACUAGAUAGUACAUGAAAUAAUCAAGAAUUUAUAUCUCUUUAAGGCAAACUUCGAUGGAACUUCGGCGUUUUGCGAACGUACCCACGAGUACAUCUGAUCGGAUUCAAUCUGUUUCGCAUGAUCGUUCUGCAUUUGUACAUACAUAUUACAUAUAUAUGUAUAUGUAUGUAUGUAUAUCACGGAUAGAACUAUAAUCUUUAAAAGAGGAUAGUCUAAAGCAUUAAAUAUGAAUUCAGUUAGCUAACUGAAGUUCAGUUAACUAAACCGGAUCGUCGGGUGCAACUUGUUAGAUGGGAAAAUAGAAAACUCUAUCACGUGCUAUGAUCACUGCCUUGUCUCACAUAAUCGCGUAUACAAGCUACAAGCUUAGAAGCUAUCUGGAAGAAACUAUUCUACACAUUGCCAAAGAAUAGGCGUCACUGUUUUCUCAAAGGCACAAUUGAUUUUUUGUCAUCGGGACUUAACGAAAAGUGUCCGAGGAAGUGGAAAAUAAAUGAAGAGGAUCGUUUUCUACUCAAUCCUUUAAAAACCCUUGAUAUAUAAAAAAAAAGAAGAAGGUUAUACAUUUGUACAUUCUAAUGUCUUCUUUUUUCACAUAACGAUUCAUUCGUAUCUCAGGUAAAAAAAAAAAAAACGCUGUGUUGCGCUAAAAUGCACGAUGAAUAGAUGGAUCGUAGAGAAAUUAAUUUCCUUCUUCGUAGAUCUUUUUACUGUCGUUAAUUUAGGCACGAUAAUUGAGAUCUAUUGACUUAAAACUCUCUCGCGAAUCACGCUCGGAAAUUUGCAUUUAUUGAGUAAAACUGGACGAACAAUGAUCACGAUUUUGAUAAAUCACGCAAUUUGUCGUAUAUGACUGUUGAACACGAUCUUUGCAGCAUCCCAAAUAGCUUUUGUCAUUCGGAUUAUGUUAUUAAUGUAAAAUCAAUGUCCAUCUGUGAAGAACGUAGAAGUGUGUAUAUAUAUAGCCCUAUGAUUUUUAGGAUUCCUAGGUGGCGUAUCCCUAAUCACGAGAUACGGCGUGUGAUCUCUGAAAUUAUGAAUAAUACUUCUGGCAUUGUAAAGUCUUCCAGUGUUUUACGUUUUACUACCGUUUAUAGAACGUUAAGUUCAGAUUCAGCCACGUCCGACGAUGGCCCGAUAAUAAUACGUUAAUUGAUUGAGUGUACCCUCGCUAUAUAUUUAUAUAUAUAUGUGUGUGUGUGUGUGUGUGUGUGUAAGGACUGAGUCAUCCUUUCGAUCGUCAUUGCGAACACAGGCGGACAAGUAGCAGGAACUGGGGACCAGGACCAAGGGAAUUAACGUGCAGCUUGCAACACACACUUGAGAAGAACAUGCUCGCAAUAAUAUAGCAACAGCAAGAACAAAAAAGUAACCGCAACAAUAAAUAGCUAAACUUUAAAUAACGAUAACAAUAAUAAGAUUAACAAUAUAUCGCUAACGAUUAUGUUGAUUAUUGAUGAUAUUAGUGGUAAUAAUAAUAUGAUAUUAAUAUAGAGAAAGAAGUAAAAAAAAUGAGACGCUAACAAAUGUGUAAUUUUAGUAGCAUUUAGCAGCAGCAGCGACAGUAACAAUAGUAGUAUAUUAAUUAAUAUAAGUAGAGAGUAGCUCUAAUGAUUACAAUAAUAAUAGAUGUGCUUUUCGAAGUAAGGGAGAGAAAUUAUCAGCAAAAAGGAAUUAUUAAUAAAAAAAAAAUAGAGAUCUCAUCGCGCGCGUUGUGCAUACUCACUAUCUCUAAGUCAAAAUAAUUCAACAGGGAGAUUCGUCCGAGCUAAACUGGGUGUUACAUUUAAAGAGUUUUACUCUCCGAUAUAUAGUGGCUCUCGAUAGCAAACACUGUUCAGAGUUAGAAACUGUGAAUUUUCAAUGGCUAGGAUCAACUCGAAAUUAUUAUCCUCCAAGAGGGCGACUCUUGAUAUAUAUCUGUACGUAUAUAGGUAUAUAAAAAUUUAUACAUAUAUAUACAUAGAAAACGAUGCAAGGAAAUGUAAAACUCUCGAUGAACGUCUGCUUUCGAAGGCCGCUGUGUUCUCGCGUAUCAUCCAUCGCGCAAAGUUUUCGUUUCUCGUGUCCGUGUGAUGGGUGGCUUAAUCAGUAAUUAACACGAGGAGGAUCCGAGCAGUGAUCUCGAGCGAAUUAUCGAAAAUUGUCUGGCGCGCUAUUCUCACCCGGAGUUCUGUAUCCCUCUGACUAUUUUAUAAUUUUUUUGACCGGGAAUUGCUGUAUAAAAUAUCGUAUAUUUGAAAGGAUUCCUUUGGUGUUAAUUCGACACGAACGCGCAUAAAUAGAUACACAAAUGUAGUUCCGCAGGAGACGAAUAAUACUUUGUAUACUUGAUAGCUAAUCGGUGUACAUAGAUCAUCGGUAUGUACGGUAAAGGCGUAAGUUAGCCGUAAAAAAAAAGAAAACAAAAAUAGAAACGUUGAUGGAAGACAAUGGGUCAUACGAAGUUUUGUAUUCAUGUCUUGUUAAUUUUAUGGAAUAUAUGAUGUACAUACGUGUAUAAGGCAUGAUGUGCCACAGAGUCGCGUGUUAGAGUGCGGGCGGGUUAAAGUUUUAAAGGGAGACAGUCGUUUUGUUGACACUGAAAACCAUGGAAGGCUGGUAUUGAGCACUGAGCAUUUAGACGAGCGUCGGACGAUGCAUUUUGAGGCUGUCGGGAUACUAUAUAUUCUGUAAAAUCAACUCAUAUCCAAUUCUAGAGCCGUUGGAUCGUCAUUGGCGUUUCCCAUUAAUUAAUUGUACUCGUUUCCAACUGUACACGUUAAUGGUGUAUUUAAUAACUGCAUACAUUAAUGGCGAGCCCUCCUGGCGAUGCAAUUCGCGUUUCACGAAUGUUGCAAACUCUACCGAUGUUAAAGACAACUUUCUCCGUCUGUCCGCGUUCGUUCGAGCCGGAUAUACUAAUUUCUAAAUACCCCAACGAAAACUGUGCAAGCGCGUUUUACAUGUAUUUAAAAGAAUGAUAUAUAUAUACUGUAAAUGCCGAAUUAAAAUCUGUGAAAUUUGAGUUUCUCAUGAUACUGUAGAUCUCAAAUUCUCGUGUUGUUGUGUGUGUAUGUAGGAGUAUUAUCAUCGGGCGACUGUCCUCAUAGGAGAAACUUUACCGUUUAAGUGAUAGCGAGAUAUUAGAAGAGAGAGAUAAACUUUUAUACAUGCGAGAUGUUCUCGCGAACGCCAUUAUAUGCAUAUUACGUGUAUAUUCAAUCAAAGCGACCCUUUCCCUUCGCGUUCCACGGGAUUGCGUGUGUUCGUUAGCGGCAAUUAUGCUAAUAGAAGUAGUAAAGUAAAAGACAUUAGCCGCGAUCAGCGGCUGCAAGCGGAAUAGAAUCGAAAAUCAGAGUAAAAUUGAAUCGUGAUUAAUUGUCGUGCCAGUAAUUAAUUGUAUAGAGAUUACGAGUAUACGUAAUAUAGAAAAUUAUUUUCGUUUUGUGUGAUUCUCGAUAUAAUAAAUUUAGCAGUUUGUUUUUUCUAUCGAAAUGCCGUUAGGAUUCUAUCUUUUUGAUUAAGUUCUCGAUUCUUUCUAAAUCGAGGAUUCUAUAUUUUUGAUUAAGUUCUCGAUUCUUUUUAAAUCGAUUUUCUCGAUUUUAGAUAAUUAUAAGAAUUUGAUUAAUUAUCCGCGAUAAUUAGGUACCUUAACAGCAAGUUUCAAAUUAGAAUUAUGUCAAGCGAAAUAAAAACAGCAAUGUAACUGACUCGUAUAGAAAUUCACUAUUGUUGGCAGUGUGCAAUUACUGAAAUCAUGUUGGAGAAUGUACUUUAUGUCGAAAAAGCCUUAUCGUUGCUUGUCUUUUACCUUAGUACGACAAAGCGCGGAAAACCUUACCCAUGUCAAAGUACCGGAUCAAAAUAAUCGUACUCACGAGUGCGAACGUUAUUUUAUAAAUGUUACAUUAUUAACUAUUCUCUCUCUCUCUCUCUCUCUCUCUCUUUCUCUCCAGAUCUCUCUCAUAAUAGAUAGACCGUCGUUCUCGAACGAGGAUGACCGAGAGAAUACAUUAUAUUAUUAAUUGACUAAUUAGAGCGUGUCUCGUGUGACUCGAUAGGCCGUGUCAAGGCCUUUCUCGAGAGAUUGUAAAUAGUAUAAUUAUUUAAUACCGCUUAUAUAUAUAUACGAAUCUAGACUUAAAUAAAACUGUGAUUUUUUUACGUUAUUAGGCAUCAUAUCCGAUUGCCGAUUUAUUUACCGUCUUUUUUGAGUUUACCGAACAGCCUAUCACCGAUGCAAAUAAGGCUUUCACAAGCUUAUAUUAAAUGUUUAUUUGUGUUAUAUACUGCUGUUGGUCAAGAGCUUGAAUGCUGCUCUUUAAAAAUCAAGUUUGAAGUUAAUAUUGUCGUGCUCAAAUUAUUUGACGAGUGCUCUUUCGUCAGAAAAUAAGUCAAGUUCAAAUAAAAAAAAAAAUAGCGAGUUUAUAAAAAUUUUCGAUGUGAUAUUAUUACAUUAAGAAAUAUAAAAAAAUAUUUCUUAAUGUAAUAAUCAUUGUACAAUUAUUGCUAUGCAAUUUGAAUUCUUAAUUACUUCAAUAUAAAGGAAAGAUUAAUGGGAGAAAGAGUUCAAGUUACCGAUCGGCAGUGUAUAUCUCUUUCUUACGUACUUUUUUUUACUCAUGCGCCAAGUUUUUAGCGCUACCGUUGAAUCUCAUCACAAUGUAAAUAUAUAUUAGAUAACUCUCUCUCUCUUCUGCACCUUUCUAAAGAAUACUAAGUAUCGAAGUUCUGUUCGAGAUCUUCCAAUUCGUAAAUCCCGCAUGGGAUUGCGUCAAAUGAUACAAAGUCGAAAAAUUCAAUAAAUCGAGCUCUCCUCGUACUUAUAUGCAAUUCGUGUACAAUUUGUAAAUUGCGUGUACUCGCCGCGAGGUAUAUCUCGCGCGAGAGGGAUAUUCGGACAGAUUUUGCAAAUAGUUUGCGAAUGAAAAAUUUAUCGUAUAUUCUUAAUUGAUAUAUUUCCGCCGCGAUCACUGAGCGUUUAGAACGUAGACGAAUCGUAUUUAUUUUAAGCUAUAUCCUGUAUACUGAGAUAUAUCAGCAUGGUACCUGUCGAUAUCGAUUGAGUUUACAUUGAUGAUCACGAAAUAGCGGGCGACUUUCAUUGAUGUACAGAAUUCUAGUGAGUUUUGCAAAACGCGUUUACCGCGGACGAAAGAGCGUUUUUCGGGCUGUAAAACUAGCGUUUUAAUAGUUUAAGAUAUAUAUUAUAUAUAUAUAUAUAUAAAGAAUGGGAAAAUGCGCUAGCGUUUUUUUUUUCUCGAAGGCGCAGUCAAGGAAUCAUGUCAUAAUCACUAUUACCGAUUUGUUUCCUUUGUAGAUAACGCGAAUUAUGUAUGUAGUCUCGUUGCGACGUGCGAACUCGUUCGAAUCCGUUCGUAAAUCGAAAAAUUCUGACCGCAAAACUCUGACAUAAUGAGAUUCUUUACAAUUUUUGCCCUACAAUUUCAACAACUCAUAAUAGAAUUAAAUUAAUAACAUCGGAUUUCUGAAUGUAAUUUAAAUUUACCGAAUGCUUUAAUUCUUUGACGACGAAUGUAUUUGAUUUUUUUCUACUCGCUAAAUUAAAAAUUUAAUAUCGCUAUUAAGUGAUAUCAAUUAUAAAUUAUAUAUUGAGACUUUUUACGAAGAAUUAAAAUUGCUUGCGGACAAAUUUGUGAUUUUAACACGUAAAUCGACUAAAGUGUAUCAAGACUGAGCAGUUUAGUAAUAUACCUUCAAUAGAUCUCGACAGUCUCGUUUGUCAAAUUACAAAAAAGAAAGACUGGAUUCGAACCGCGCAACUAGAUAUGUUUAAGAGACGUAUUUCUAUUAAAAUCUAUCUAAGUACUUCUCGUUUCUACCGUAAUUGUUCGACAUUAUCAUCAUCAUUAUUAUCUGUCUUUUAUAGACUGUCAUGAUCAUCGUCAUUAUCAUCCUCUAUGUCCAGAAUGACAACAAAUGUAAUGUAAUAGUAAUUGUUAUCUUCUGUGCUAUACGAAAGGAAAAAAUAUACAUUGACAUAUGA